ACACAAUUCAUUGUCACAAAGAUGGCGGGCGGCAAGAUUAAGAAGGAGAAGCAAAAGGGUCCAAGGGCUCCGGCGAAUCAUUACCAGGGAGGGGUAUCGUUUCACAAAUCCAAAGGUCAGCACAUCCUCAAGAAUCCUUUGUUGGUGGACACUAUUGUUCAGAAAGCCGGAAUCAAGAGCACAGAUGUCAUCCUUGAGAUUGGUCCCGGUACCGGAAACCUUACAAAGAAGCUUCUGGAAGCUGGGAAGAUGGUCAUCGCCGUCGAGCUCGAUCCUCGCAUGGUCCUCGAGUUGCAGCGCCGAUUUCAGGGCACCCCCUUUUCUAACCGCUUGAAGGUUAUUCAAGGGGAUGUGCUGAAGACAGAUCUUCCCUAUUUUGAUAUCUGUGUGGCAAAUAUUCCUUAUCAAAUAUCUUCUCCCCUUACAUUCAAGUUACUGUUUCAUCAACCUGCCUUCAGGUGUGCUGUUAUAAUGUUCCAGAGGGAAUUUGCUAUGAGACUGGUGGCUCAGCCUGGUGAUAAUCUAUACUGUCGUCUUUCUGUUAAUACCCAACUGUAUGCUCGGGUUUUUCAUCUCCUCAAAGUUGGUAAAAACAAUUUCCGGCCUCCACCUAAGGUUGAUUCCUCUGUGGUUCGGAUAGAGCCACGGAAACCACGUCCACAAGUGAAUGGUAAGGAGUGGGAUGGGUUUAUAAGGAUCUGUUUCAUUCGAAAGAACAAAACACUUGGUUCGAUUUUCAGGCAGAAAAAUGUUGUCUCCACUCUUGAGAAGAACUACAAGACCCUGCAAGCACUGCAGACUUCAAACGAUGAAACCUUGGUAGGCGGUGAUGAAAUGAUUGAUAUCGCAAAACUAGGAGAUCAGGGUAUGGACUUGGAUGAUGGAACAGAUGAUGAAAUGGAUGUGGAGGACGACGAAGCAGAAGGAGAUGUAUCUGGGUUCAAAGAGAAGAUUGCUAGUGUGUUGAAAGAGGGAGAUUUUCAAGAAAAGAGGGCAUCCAAGCUUUCACAGCAGGAGUUUCUAUACCUACUCUCUUUGUUCAACAAGCAUGGCAUUCAUUUCUCUUAGAGUCUUCAACAAUCAAUUUUGUUUCUUUCUUUUUCCCCCCAUUUUCUUGUGCCCAUUUAGUUAAGGCACUAAUGCCCAAUUUUGUCUGGUUUGUUUUCUUUUCAUUAAUUACCAAACACGAUUCUUAGAUUCAUCUUAAACA